AUGAGAUCGCCUGGAGUGAAACGGAAAGGGAGAGGGGAGAGGAAGAGGGACGAGGGGGGAGCAGCAGUCAGUUUUGAGGCGCCUCAAAAGAGGGACGAGGGGGGAGCAGCAGUCAGUUUUGAGGCGCCUCAAAAGAGGGACGAGGGGGGAGCAGCAGUCAGUUUUGAGGCGCCUCAAAAGAGGGACGAGGGGGGAGCAGCAGUCAGUUUUGAGGCGCCUCAAAAGAGGGACGAGGGGGGAGCAGCAGUCAGUUUUGAGGCGCCUCAAAAGAGGGACGAGGGGGGAGCAGCAGUCAGUUUUGAGGCGCCUCAAAAGAGGGACGAGGGGGGAGCAGCAGUCAGUUUUGAGGCGCCUCAAAAGAGGGACGAGGGGGGAGCAGCAGUCAGUUUUGAGGCGCCUCAAAAGAGGGACGAGGGGGGAGCAGCAGUCAGUUUUGAGGCGCCUCAAAAGAGGGACGAGGGGGGAGCAGCAGUCAGUUUUGAGGCGCCUCAAAAGAGGGACGAGGGGGGAGCAGCAGUCAGUUUUGAGGCGCCUCAAAAGAGGGACGAGGGGGGAGCAGCAGUCAGUUUUGAGGCGCCUCAAAAGAGGGACGAGGGGGGAGCAGCAGUCAGUUUUGAGGCGCCUCAAAAGAGGGACGAGGGGGGAGCAGCAGUCAGUUUUGAGGCGCCUCAAAAGAGGGACGAGGGGGGAGCAGCAGUCAGUUUUGAGGCGCCUCAAAAGAGGGACGAGGGGGGAGCAGCAGUCAGUUUUGAGGCGCCUCAAAAGAGGGACGAGGGGCGAGCAGCAGUCAGUUUUGAGGCGCCUCAAAAGAGGGACGAGGGGCGAGCAGCAGUCAGUUUUGAGGCGCCUCAAAAGAGGGACGAGGGGGGAGCAGCAGUCAGUUUUGAGGCGCCUCAAAAGAGGGACGAGGGGGGAGCAGCAGUCAGUUUUGAGGCGCCUCAAAAGAGGGACGAGGGGCGAGCAGCAGUCAGUUUUGAGGCGCCUCAAAAGAGGGACGAGGGGGGAGCAGCAGUCAGUUUUGAGGCGCCUCAAAAGAGGGACGAGGGGGGAGCAGCAGUCAGUUUUGAGGCGCCUCAAAAGAGGGACGAGGGGGGAGCAGCAGUCAGUUUUGAGGCGCCUCAAAAGAGGGACGAGGGGGGAGCAGCAGUCAGUUUUGAGGCGCCUCAAAAGAGGGACGAGGGGCGAGCAGCAGUCAGUUUUGAGGCGCCUCAAAAGAGGGACGAGGGGGGAGCAGCAGUCAGUUUUGAGGCGCCUCAAAAGAGGGACGAGGGGCGAGCAGCAGUCAGUUUUGAGGCGCCUCAAAAGAGGGACGAGGGGGGAGCAGCAGUCAGUUUUGAGGCGCCUCAAAAGAGGGACGAGGGGCGAGCAGCAGUCAGUUUUGAGGCGCCUCAAAAGAGGGACGAGGGGCGAGCAGCAGUCAGUUUUGAGGCGCCUCAAAAGAGGGACGAGGGGGGAGCAGCAGUCAGUUUUGAGGCGCCUCAAAAGAGGGACGAGGGGGGAGCAGCAGUCAGUAGUUACCAGCAGGGCAGAUUGGCGGGGCUCCAUGGGUGCUUCAAUCAUGGCAGCAUCUGCACCUGCUGCACACUGCACCAACGUGAGGAGGCUGGAGGGGAGGUGGGGCGAGAGGAGGAAGGAACGGAAAGAGAUGGGGAGAGAUGCCAGGUGGAUCCAUGGGUGCUUCUGGCGUGGCAGCAUCUGCUCCUGCUGCACAUUGCACUGAGGUGA